GUUGAAAAAUAUUAUUUAUCAGAUUAAUAAGAAUAAGUCAUCAUGUUGAUAAUCAAAUCGGUUUUGGUAAUUGUUUUAAUCACUUUAACUCUCACUGAUUGUAUCAAUGGGGAAUAUUUAAUUUCUGGAUCUCAAUUAAAUGAAGCCUGUUCUAUGAGUGCCCAUUUAUUGUCCAGCGGUUUAGAAGAUGAUCAAGUUGAAAAAAUUGUCGUUCAUAAAUUGUUACAAUUAAAUCGUAAAUCAAAACCCGGUAAAAAGCCAUCACUUGGAUAUGCAUAUUUAGCUGGUGGUGGAAGUGGUCCAGUUGCUCAAACAGGAACAAUGAAUUUCAGUGUUUCAAAUAUAAUCCAAGCUACAAUAUCACUAAUGAAUUGUCGAAUCAGAGCUAACUGUCUACCAGUUACUGAAACUUGUUCAUAUAUUAAUUUCCCUGAUCAAAUCGAUUUAGAUAAUCAUGAACAUAUUAGUACUUUAACCCAACAAAUUAUGUUCAAGAAAAUUUUUGCUCAUAGAUGUAACCUCAAAUUACUUUCUUCACCUCUUCGAAUCAAUGAUCAAUUUUAAGACACUAAAUUAGCACAAUUAAAUAAAAUUCACAUCUUUAUCUCAAUUCUUAAAAAUGCAUGAUUAUUCAAUCUUGUCAAUUUUGGAACAUGUAUGUACGUAUGGUUGUUAUAAACCAACAAAGUUGACAUUUUGAUAGCAACUGUUACUGAAACAUUGGGCUGAAUAUGGAAAUUAAAUAAAAUAAUUGUUUUUGCUAAAAUUUAUUCGAUCAUUCGAGUUGAUGUUCCCAUCUAAUUGUGGUUUUACUUGUGUUUUAAUUACUGAAGAUAAAUCAGUAUAAUGUCACUUAUUAGAUGGAUCUGCUUAUCUAAUACUUUGAUCACUUUGUUUCUUAUUGAAUAUACUGAUGGGAAAUAUUUGGUCUCACGAUCUGAAUUGGAUGAAGCUUGUUCAGUUAGUGUCCGUUUAUUGUCCAGUGGUUGGAAGGAGGAUCAAAUUGAACCAAUUGUCGUUCACAAGUUGUUAAAAUUAAAUCGACAAUCGAAACCAGGUAAAAGUCUUCCCCUUGGAUAUAACAACUCUGAUACUCGAAUUCGUGCUGGAUCAAAUUCUCAAUCAGGACCAUUCAAUCUCAAUGUUGGAAAUUUUAUCAACGCAACAGUCAACCUGAUGAAUUGUGUCGCUUUAGCACUUAACUGUUUCCCGUUAACCAAAACUUGUCAAUAUUUAAAUUUUCCCGAUCAAGUUGAUUUUGAUGAUGAAAAGCAAAUCAACUCUAUAGCCCAUCAGAUUAGAUUGAAAAAAGAUUUUGUCCAUAGAUGUGAUCUUAAACUGCUGU